AUGAACAAACACCCAUCCCAUGUAUACCGCCUUUUCUUAUCGAUACGUAUACCGCCUUUCUCGAUGCUGGAUGCCUUCCAACGGUUAUGUACAUGUACUUUACUGCUCAUGGCAACAACGACCGACCCGCAGCAUACCGCCUACACGACUUCCUAUUUGUACCCAUGUGUAUACCGCCUUGACAACUUCGAAUAUGCCCAGGUGAGAACCACAUUGCAUCCAUCCUCCUUUACACUUCACGGCACCAUGCGCUACAGAAACUGGGAUGUCCUCCUUUUCCCUGGAGGUUCGAAGGUGCCUAUCCAAGAAUUCAAGACACAAUGCUUUGUGACCAAGGACAAAGACUCGCCCUAUCUGCACAACGAAGUCUUCCUUGGCCAUCAUGCACACCAUCCCGACCCAGGACUUUUUAACCAGCUGCCAGUCCUCACGACCUUCAUCCCGAGUCUACCCAAAGACACCCCAUUCCAAGUCUCAGUUCAUAGUUGGGAGAAGCCACGCCCCAGUGUGCAGAUUGAGUCCAAUAUGGAACCAGAGGAUGUUUUACUCUUCGAGGCGCGGAUAUUCAUUGAUGGGGUCUUCGUUGCGGGUAGUAUCCACGGACAAAGAACUAGUUGGCCACAGAUUAUGGAUCUUGACCGAGAUGGAAACCAAGACACCCUUCGAUUCCCUCCCUUUCACUCUGAAAUACUACAGCAGAAGCAUUGGGAUGCCGGAGAUUCUCAUGGUCGAAUCAAGGUUGUCAUUGCAGAGGGUUUCUCUCGGCCCAAUCGCUCGCCCCCGUUCGAACGAUUCAAGCAUGUCAUUGCUUUCUCUUUCCAGCAUGCACCACUAGAUGUGCUGGAGUUCUCCGACAUUGCUUGGCCCAAUCCCAACAUGUGGCUUGCUAUGCCGAACGCAUCCCGGUAUGGAUCGGCACCGAGAUAUGGUACCUCCAAGAUAAUUGGCGAUGGCGCCCAUGGACAUUCGCCAAGCAAGCCUAGCAGACCCGAACAUCGAAUUACAAUCACAGCUAACACGAGCAGCCAGUCUAGCAGCAAUGCAGCUACUUACAGCGGCAGUAAUUCAUCAACUUACAACGCCUGGACUCCUCACCGUGGAUUUCCCAUACCUUCCACACAAUGGAACGGGUAUCCACAAGAGCCUCGAUGGGAACCACAGGAUACAUACAUCGUGGAACCUGCCAUGGACGCCUUCGUUGAUGAUACAGCAUGGCGGCAGCGUGGUGCUCGAUCCUCUCGCGAGGACAUCCCAAUGCCAGAUUAUGCUUCUACGGGAUCGACUAGCAGCCGGGCUAUCUCUAGCAUGACUGGGAUGAGCUACGAACACAGCAAGCAGCCCAGUAUCAAUUCCUGCCUUGACGAUGAACAAUACAAUGAGCUGAUCGAAGCUCUGACACCAACGAAGGCGCCUCCAGUGGGUACUCGCGCACCCUCCAAUACUCCCUCCACUGCCGCUCUGUCUGCCUCGAAGCCUUCUGCUGCAGCCGAAGCUCGAUCUGCAGGUUACAAGACUCGAAGCCGGCGUGCAUCCGCGCUCAGGGAGAUCUCACAGCCAAGCACCCGUGAUGUUUCGGGAUCGAGCGAGCCCAAGAACUUGACUCCAUCAAAGCUUGGGGCGAGUCCAAGCGAGAAAGUCCGGAGCAAAAAGGAGAGCCAGAAAGAGAGCCAGAAAGAGAGCCAGAAAGAGAGCCAGAAAGAGAGCCAGAAAGAGAGCCGGAAAGAGAGCCGGAAAGAGCGUCAGAAAGAGGCCAACCAGGAGACCCCCAAAGCGCAGUCUAAGGCAACUAAGGAGAACCGCAACUCCAACGAUGUCGAAACCGCGCAGGACGAGAAUGAGUCUGUUCUGUAG